CUGUUCCGGACUUCUUAGGUGGUUGCACCCAAACGGCUUCUGUAGGACGUGUUGCUUAAUCUUCCGUUGUUUGGAAACCGAAAAUAUUCUGAUUUCGUUAAAGAGAACCACAACAGUCUCAGAGAGGCCAUAUUUGAGGACACAAUAAUGGAGUGCCCAAGCCCAGUCCUUGAGAACUACUAUCCGGUGUAUCCCUGCUCCAAUACACUUGAAUCAAAUGAAUGCUCUUUACCAGGCCUCUGCAGUGCUGCAUGAUAUGCUGAGGGAAUUCAGACAUUUGAUUCAGCCAUGUCUGGACCUGUCAGCUUGGAGCUGGAUCCACUCUUUCUAAAGGGACUGAGUUAUCUGCACUCGAAGAGCAAAGAUUCAGCCGAGAAACUCAAAGCUCUGCUCGACGAGUCCCUAGCAAGAGGAAGUGACUCGUCCUACCGGUCCUUGCAGAAAGAGGUGGAGGUGUCGAAGGUAUCCGUGUCCAAGCUGAGCUUGAGUAAACAAGAUUCCAAGUCAUCAGGUUCGUCUUCCAACAGCAGCAGUGGAAGCAGCAAAUCCAGCUCUGAGAAGAGCAAGAAAGAUGUGGAGAAAAGGCCAUCAGAAAAGCAGGUCAGGGUUGACCUCAGUGAAGUGGACCCCCCGAAAAAGCCUCGCCUGGAGAAACAGGAGAAUCGUUCUUCUCCCAUCACUGUCCAGACGAGCAAAGACCUGCUGCCAAACAUAAGUGACUAUGAUGAGACUAAUGCUGACGACUUCGCCAUGGAGAUGGGUCUGGCUUGUGUGGUUUGCAGACAAAUGACUGUAACCAUGGGAAACCAGUUAGUGGAGUGCCAGGAGUGUCAUAAUCUCUAUCACCAAGAGUGUCAUAGACCUCAAGUGACGGAUAAAGAAGUUAACGACCCCCGACUCGUGUGGUACUGCGCUCGCUGCACCAGGCAAAUGAAACGCAUGGCCCAGAAACCUCCACAGAAACCUUCCCCUGCGUCUGCAUCCUCCACACCUGUUGUAAAGGACACUGUGGUGAAGAAGACUGACCUCAAGCUAAAAACCGAUACGACCAGCACCUUCCAAGCUUUCAAAAGAACAGAAGUGAAGCCUCCGGCCACAUCUGCCAACCCCACCAGUACCAACUCCUCCUCCCCAGGCAGUGGUCUCACUGGCUGGGCUGCGUUUGGUGCCAAAACAAACCCGUCUGCUCCUGCCACUUCCAAACUUUCCUCCUCCGGCCCGAGCGGGAGCAGCAAGACUUUGACAGCUCCCUCCGGUCAGAAACCAGUGGGUUUGUCAGGACUAGCAGGAGCCAAAUCGGGACUUGGUGCAAAGGUUACUGGGAGCAGCAACGGAAAUGGCUCCAGCCAGGCAACUCUGAAACCUCCCCCACCUCUAAAUCUAGGUAAGCAGACUCUUAGCCGCUCUUCUAGCGGUGAGAGUCAAGGGAAAGGCUCUUCUUCCUCUGGAGCAAGUUCACCAAGCAGCUCACAGGCGGCGGCUGGGGGGAACGGAGGGAAUAAUGGAGGUAAUGGAAACAAUGGGAACGGCUCAAAGGGCACACCGACUUCUCAGGAGUCCCAGCUUCAUGCCAUGAAACGCCUGCAGAUCUUGAAGAAAAAAACGGCUCAGAAGAAACUGAAGAAAUGAGUCAAGGUUGAGAGACAUGAACCUUGAGGACAGAGGAUGAUGUGAGGAAGUAGAACGUAAACAUCUAGAUUAGAGCAUCGUGUUUGCACAAGGAGUCACCAUCAUCCAGUCACGUACUUGAACUUCACUGUGUGUUAAUGCCGCUGGAUUCUGUGUGCCUCUUCUGUCCUAACAAAAGCGACCAGUGAGCAAAGUGUCACUUUUUAACAACCCGGUAAAUAAAUAAUCUCUUCACACAAACUGGCUAUAUCUGUCACUUUGUAAAGGGUUCCUACACAUUCUGGAAAGCAUUAUUUUAAUUUUAGUAUUUUUAAGUCUUGACAAUUAGAGAAAAGAAAAUAGAAAAUAUAAGAUGGGGAAACAUUUCAUUUCCAGGUUGUUUUUUUUUCUUCUGUCCUUGCCUCCUUUGAAUUUUUCUAUUAUUCGUUUUGUUCCCUCUGCUUGCUUUUUUUUGGGGGUCAUGUCCUUCCUUCUUCACUUCUUUAUAUCCUACCUUCAUUUUGUCCUUUCUUUGUUUUCAUCCAUUCCUUUCUUGAUCAUGUCCUUUCUUCCUCUGACCUUCUGAAGUACUCCUUGUUCAUUUGUUGAUCUUUCCUUCAUUGUUUCAUCUGUCCACGCCCCUCUUCUAUUCUCAUUUUCUCUCUGUCCUUCCUUGUGCCCUUCAUUUGUACACCGUUCUUUCUUUCAUUAUUGAAUCCUUUCCUUGUUUUCUUUCUCCCCAUUGACCUUCCUUUUGUCAGUCAUUGUUCCAUCUCCUUCCUUCCUUCAUUCAUUCAUACUUCCAUCAAUCAUCAAUCUAUCCAUCCAUACACUGGCUCAUAGAUAUAAAACGUGUGGAAAUAUGAGUCUAGAAAAAUAUAGAAAUUAGUUGUGUUUAUUAAAUGUUUCAAAAUUAAGAAAUAUAUUCUGCAAAU